GCUGUUACAUGAUUUUGGGAUAUGUCUGCUUCAACAACAAGAGGAAGUACAAGUUCUUAGGAAUCAACCUAUCAUCAGUUCCAGAACCAUCUGAAAUCUACGAUCACAGAUUUAGAGCCAGGCCUUUGUUGUUUUUGUGAUCAGACUGACUUGGGUCUUUUGUUUGGGGGCCAAUUAUGUUUAUGUGCAAGUGUUUCUAUAGGAAUCAACUCAAUGAUUUAUGCCCACCGGAGCCUGAACCCUUCUCCCUGCCUGCUCCAAUUCCUAAAUGGCCUCCAGGUGAAGGUUUUGCUUCUGGGAAAAUAAUUAUUGGAGAAAUAGAGGUUUCCAAGAUAUCCAAAUUUGAAAGAAUCUGGACCUGCUCUCUGCCAGAGGACAAGAAAAAAUGUGUUACAUUUUAUAAGCCAGUGGGAAUUCCUGAUGGAUUUCGUAGCAUGGGUCAUUAUUGCCAACUCAACGGUAAGCCUUUACACGGCUAUGUUCUUGUGGUUCGAGAAGUAGAAUUGCCAGAAACAGCUGUUGUUGGGGAGCAUGUCAAGUCAGCAGCUCUUCGAGAGCCGCUUGAUUACACAUUGGUGUGGAGCCCUGAUGAUGGGACUGAGGAAAGUUAUGGUUCAUGUGGCUACUUCUGGCUACCUGAUCCACCUGAAGGUUACAGAGCAAUGGGCUUUUUAGUUACCAACAAGCCAGGAAAACCCGAGUUGGAUGAAGUAAGGUGUGUUAGAGCUGAUUUGACUGACACAUGUGAACCUCACAACCUAAUUUUUAAUAGCCGUACCAACUCUACAAGUCUUCCUUUCCAAGUUUGGACUAUGAGACCACGUCAUCGUGGAAUGAGGGGAACAGGGGUUUCUGUAGGUACAUUUUUCUGCAGUAAUCACUGGAGUAAUGGAGAGGACCUGCAGAUUGGGUGCUUGAAGAAUCUGAAUCCUAAGCUAUGUGGAAUGCCAAAUCUUGAUCAAAUUCAUUCACUUAUCAAUCAUUAUGGACCUACUGUCUUCUUUCAUCCAGAUGAGGUCUACUUGCCAUCUUCAGUGGCUUGGUUCUUCAAAAAUGGAGCGCUAUUGUACAAAACUGGCACAGAUGUAGGCGAAGCAAUUGAUGAAAGCGGCUCAAAUUUGCCUGGUGGAAGGUCAAAUGAUAGGCAGUUUUGGAUAGACUUACCUAGUGGUGAUCAAAGAAAGAAUGUUAUACAUGGAAACUUGGAAAGUGCAAAACUCUACGUUCAUGUGAAACCAGCUCUUGGUGGGACUUUUACUGACAUUGCGAUGUGGGUAUUUUGUCCCUUUAAUGGACCAGCCACUCUCAAAGUUGGACCAAUGGAUAUCACUCUCAGCAAGAUUGGACAGCAUGUGGGUGAUUGGGAGCAUUUCACACUUCGAAUAUGUAAUUUUACUGGAGAGCUUUGUAGUAUAUACUUCUCACAGCACAGCGGUGGUCAAUGGGUAGAUGCAUAUGCUUUGGAGUACAUAAGAGGGAACAAAGCUAUUAUCUACUCGACCAAAAAUGGACAUGCGAGCUUCCCGCAUGCUGGGACUUACCUUCAGGGGUCUUCAAAGCUUGGGAUUGGCAUUAGGAAUGAUGCUGAUCGCAGUGAGUUUUCUGUGGACUCGAGCAUCCAAUAUGAAGUAGUUGCUGCUGAGUAUCUUGGAGAUGGGGUUGUUACUGAGCCAGGUUGGCUGCAGUUUAUGAGAGAAUGGGGACCAAAAAUUGUAUACAAUUCAAGGACUGAGCUGGAUAAGAUCAUCAAUGUUUUGCCUGCGAUGUUAAGAUAUUCAGUGGAGAGCAUCUUUUCGAAAAUUCCAGUUGAGCUUUCUGGGGAGGAAGGUCCUACAGGACCAAAGGAGAAGAACAAUUGGGUGGGAGAUGAAAGAUGGUAGCAUUGCUAGGUUUGUAACAUAACCCUAAUUCAAGGAUCAGCUACUGUUUCUUUAUCCUGCAGAUCAUGUUGUUUUUAUAUGCUUCUUUCAUCCUGCAGGUCAUGUUGUUUCUAUAUGAACAGUUCAAGAAAUCAUUGAAUUUUGAGGCCAGCCUUAUUGUGGUUGUAACUCUUCAUGUAUUUUUGCCAUUCUUGUGUAAAUAACAAUGUAAGUUU